CUUUCCUAUUUUUCUCUCUUCUCGUUUUGGACGAAACGCAAAACCCCGCCUUGGACUCCGUCUCCCUGGGCUCUCUGCUCGACUACAACACACACAUUACCCUCUACCUGAACAACCUGCCUAUGAGUGUCUUUCGCCAUCGGGAAAUACCCCCCAACGCCCAAACCGCCGGCGCUGCUUGAUUUCGCACACAAUUCCUUCGCGUGACGCCGUGUGCCCGUUUCCCUUUCUUCCACUCCACAUACAUCAUCCUCCCCCCCCCUCGUCUCCCCUCAAGGCCUCUCAGACACUCUCACCUUAGGUACCCGCGGCAGCUACCGCAUUCGUCGAUAUACCCUUUUUUUCUCUUUCUCCCCCCUCCAUCACGGUCAUUGAAAAUUUUGACCAUCAUCGAGUAGUUCGCGACUUUAUCCUGCCUGCCCCUCCCCUCCGUACAUGUUCAUCCUCGUCGAUAACAACGGUCUUGGCCUCUUCUGACCUCACGCGCUGCACCGCUGCACACUCUUUUCGCCAUGGGUCAGACCCUCUCAGAGCCUGUCGUUGAGAAGGCUUCCGACAAGGGCGAAGAUGACCGGAUGUUGUACGGCGUGUCGGCCAUGCAGGGAUGGCGUAUCAGUAUGGAGGAUGCCCACUGCACUGUUCUCGAUCUCCUGACCCCCCGGGGCGACGACAAGAAGUUUCACCCCUCGAGGUUAUCUUUCUUUGGCGUCUUUGACGGCCACGGCGGAGACAAGGUAGCCCGGUUCGCCGGCAGCAACAUCCAUGACAUUCUAAAGAAUCAAGACACAUUCAAGACCGGCCAUUAUGAGCAGUCCCUGAAGGACACCUUCCUCGCAACUGACCGUGCGAUACUCAGUGACCCCCAAUAUGAAGAGGAGGUUUCUGGUUGCACCGCUUGCUGCGGGCUGAUCACGGGCGAAAAGAUAUUUAUUGCCAACGCCGGCGACUCGCGGAGCGUCCUAGGCGUCAAGGGCCGAGCUAAGCCACUCUCCUUCGACCACAAGCCGCAGAACGAGGGCGAGAAGGCUCGGAUUACUGCCGCAGGCGGUUUUGUCGACUUCGGUCGCGUUAACGGCAAUCUUGCUUUGUCUCGAGCCAUAGGAGACUUCGAGUUCAAGAAGAGCGCCGAGCUCGCGCCCGAACAGCAGAUUGUUACCGCAUACCCGGAUGUGGUCAUGCAUGAACUCAGCGACGACGACGAAUUCCUGGUCAUCGCGUGUGACGGUAUCUGGGACUGCCAGUCUUCGCAAGCGGUCGUCGAAUUUGUUCGACGUGGCAUUGCCGCCAAGCAGGAUUUGGACAAGAUCUGCGAGAACAUGAUGGACAAUUGCCUGGCCUCGAACUCCGAGACGGGCGGAGUCGGUUGUGACAACAUGACGAUGAUUAUUGUGGGGUUCCUAAGAGGCAGAAGUAAGGAGGAAUGGUACGAGGAGGUUGCCAGCCGCGUGGCGAAAGGCGACGGCCCUUGUGCCCCUCCAGAAUACGCUGAAUUCCGUGGACCUGGUGUACAUCACAAUUUCGACGAUAGUGACAGUGGAUUUGACGUUGACGUGGACAACAAGCCCAAGGCCUUCGGGAUCAGUGGGUUCAAGGGUCACAUAAUCUAUCUAGGGGACGGUACCGAAGUUCUCACCGACUCGGACGAGACAGAGAUGUUUGACAACGCAGAAGAGGACAAGGACUUGGCAAGCCAAGUGUCAAAGAACUCGUCCACGGAGGAGGACGCCGAAGUUAAUCGACCACCACCUAAAGCUCCGUCGCCGCCGCCGCGCGCAUCGCAGAACGCGGAAGGGAAGUCCCAGGCUAAGACGAUCGAAUCGAACUCGCAAGGCUUCGCCCCGUCUACGGCAGACACAACCGCGGAGGCCUCCCAAAAAGAGGAGGAACCCAAGUUAGCGAAACCGGACGCUGCCGUGAUAUCUAAAAAUUGACCGGUAGGCGUGGAACGGCGAAGCAGGAUAGUGCUGCAACUAUACGGUUGGAUGUCUCCACCCUCCGGAUCGGUUAGGACUUGAAAAAAAAAACCAGCGCGUCCUCGGAAUGGUCGGGGGCUUCUCGUGGCAGAGUAACGGAAGGGUCUUGUUUAUCGGGAACGUUCGGGAUUGCCGGGGGGGAGGGGGGUGCCUCGGGGCAGAUACUUGGACGGAUGCUCUCCCUGACGACUAGGGAGAUUGACGUAGCAGGCUUGAGCGAGACACGCGAUAUGACUGACGAGCGAGUGCGCUAUGGCUCAUCGAAGCCUCGUGACGGGAAGCUUGGAGAGGGAGUUUUGAUGAGCCGCUCGCAUUGCGGCUCUGUUGCAGGUGUCGGGAAAAUCCCGCUGCAGGGGUUGUUCUGUAUGCUGCCGUAUGAGGUGCGCAAACACGCACGUAGGGAUUCCGUAGGUAGUUUUCUUUGGAGUGCAGAGGUUGCUAGCAUCUAUACUCAUACUUUAUCCAACCUCCUCCGGCGGCCUGUAUGCGCCUUGUAACAGGUAGGCCAGUACCUAAGGCAAGGACUCGAUGUACCUAACUGAGGUAAGUUUGGUACCUAGACGCCUCAACUCAUGCUAGGUACCUCUCUCUUAG